AUGGGAGAAACAACUAACAGAUUUUUAUUCCUUUUUUAUAAAUUCUUUACCUUAGCCCUGUUCAUAUGGACAUGGAAGUACUCCGAUAAGUCUGUCCUCGAUUCCUCCACUGUCAAAAAACGCGCGCAAAAUGUAAGCUCACUGAGCGGACGACCCAACAGAUUGCUCUGCAAAGGGCCCACUGCCAUAGCCAAGGACGAGUCAGAAAAUAAAAAGUUAAAAGAUAGAGUUAUAAAAGUAUUGAAUGAAGAUGAAAGUAGUCUUGGUAAAAUGCUAAACAACCUAGUGCAUGAUGCCAAUUUCCAAAAAGAAUUUAAUUCAUUAUUACUUGACAAGGGAUUCGAAAAACAGUUUAACGAAUUAGUUAGCGACACAAGUUCGGAAGGAAAUCAAUCCAGUUCUUUACAUUCAUUGAGUACUUACGAUGGAGGUGAUUUAACUCCUAUAGGUUUCGCUGACUACCCUGAGCCAUUUAAUUCAACGACAGGUAGCCAAAUUCUAGAAACAGAUUUCUCUUCUCAAAGUUAUGAUGAAAAUUUGAAGAAAACGUUUCACUCAACAAUAUCUACCCAAGAAAUUCCACAAGCGUUAAAUCAGGAAUCAAAAAGAUUCGGUAGCGUUGAACAACUUAUAGACGAAAUAAAGAAAGUCGAUAAUGUGGAAAAGAUGAUUGAGAUAUUGAAAUUUUAUGAAAAUAUGGAAGCUCUUGUUAAGUUAGCUGAAAAAACAGCAGCAACUCAACAAGUGCCCGAAAAUUCGGAGAUCAAGGAACAAGUACAAUCUGAAUUGGAAUCUGCAACACAGGCUGAAUUGGAGUCUCAACUACAAGCACAGUUGCAUGCCCAAUUGCAAACGCAAGUUAAACAAGCUCCACCUAGAAAAAAGAUAAUCAAGGGAAAAUCGGUAUUCGGACGUAUAAAAAAAAUGUUUAAAAAGCUAGAUAAGAAGUACGAAGACCAUUUGCAGAAACUCUUGACAACUAAUUAUAGCUUUCUCAUUAAGAAUGGAAAAAUGGCAAGAUCAAAAUACUACCUCGACAUUUUGUUAGCCUUUUCGCCACUCAUUUUUGGUGGUAUCGUUUUGUCCAUUUUUAUACAUUAUUUUUCGUACUCAACCAUCCUUCCUGCCAGCGUAUUCGCUCUCAGUUCCUUGUUUUACUUCUUGUUCAAGUUGUGGAACUGCAAGCGUAUAUGCAAAGGACCAGGCAGAUUUAAGUUCCGCCAAAAGUACAAGGACGUCAUCAACGUUUUGAAGAAGUAG